AUGGAAGUCUACAGGGUAACCGUAGCAACUGGAACAUCUGAGUACUCUGGCACCAACAACUACAUCUUUCUGACCCUGAUCGGGGAGAAAGGAGAGAGUGAACGCACCCAGCUGGACAAUCCUGGACUGGAUUUCUGCCGAGGAGCAGUUGAUCAGUACAAAGUGAGCAGCCAGUCAGCUCUAGGCUCCCUACAACUGGUUAGGCUGGAGAAAGAGAGGUACUGGGUUGAAGAUAACUGGUUCUGUCGCUAUGUCACCGUGGAGCCUCCAGGUGGAGGAAAAGCCAUGACUUUCCCAUGUUACCGCUGGCUUAUUGGAGACACCAAGGUGGAGAUAAGAGAGGGCACAGCAAAGACCCUCAUGGAGGACUCAGCAGGACGGCUGCUGGCACACAGGAAGGCAGAGUUACAGGAGAGACAGAAGACCUACAGAUGGAUAACUUGGGCUAAAGGGAUUCCCAGAUGCGUUGAUGCUAAAACAGAAGCAGAUUUACCCCAAGAUGUCCGGUUUGACAAUGAAAAGAGGAGUGAUUUUGAACAUUCUUUACACUAUGCCUUGCUUGAGCUGUCUCUGAAGAAACUGACCAUCACAUUUGGGAAGUCCUGGAGUGACCUGGAUGAUUUCAGAAGGAUAUUUUGGAAGCUAAGGAGCCCCAUAGCUGAAUAUGUCAUGGAGCACUGGCAAGAGGACUGGCUUUUUGGAUACCAGUGUCUCAACGGCUCCAACCCAAGAAUGAUUCAGAAGUGCAGCAAGCUGCCAGAAAACUUCCCUGUCACAGCUGAUAUGGUUCAGAGCUCCAUGGGGGAGCGAAGAACUUUGGACAAAGAACUCAAGGCAGGAAAUAUAUACUUGUUGGACUAUGCCAUCAUGGAUGGGCUUCCAACUAACACCAUCAAGGGAAAGCCUCAGUACAUCGCAGCUCCCCUCUGUCUGAUGUACCAGCACCCAGAUGAUGGACUCAUACCGAUUGCAAUACAGCUUGACCAAAGCCCAGGUCUGAACACACCAAUAUUCCUGCCCAAAGACCCACCUCUGGCGUGGCUGUUGGCCAAAAUAUGGGUGCGUCAUUCGGAGUUCCAGAUUUUCCAGGUCUCGUCUCACCUUCUGAGGACUCACCUGGUAUCUGAGGUCUUCUGUGUGGCUACUCUGAGACAGCUGCCAGCAGUACACCCCAUAUACAAGCUCUUGGCCCCCCAUCUGCGCUACACACUAGAGAUCAACUGCAGGGCACGGAAUCAGCUCAUCUCUCCAAAUGGCAUCUUCAAACGAGUUGUCUCCACAGGUGGGGAAGGCCUCUUGGUUCUGGCCCAGAGGGAUUACAAGCAGUUGACCUACCGCUCCCUUCAGCCCCACUGUGACUUCAGUGACAGAGGAGUGUGCCAGCUCCCAAACUAUUUCCACAGGGAUCACAGUCUGAUGCUGUGGGAGGCCAUUCAAAGUUUUGUCUCAGGGAUGGUGAGCCUUUAUUACCAGACUGACCAGGAUGUUCAGAAGGACUCAGAGCUUCAGGCUUGGGUCAGAGACAUCUCACAGGAGGGUUUCGCAGAUCUUCCCAACUUUGGUCUGCCAAGUCAGCUCAUCAGCAGAGAGGAACUCUCCACUUUACUGGCAGUGGCUCUCUUUACCAGCACGGUUCAGCAUGCAGCAACUAACAAUGGACAGUUUGACUGGUGUGCCUGGGUACCCAACACCCCCUGCUCCAUGAGACUCCCUCCACCAGAAGACAAAGAUGCUGUUACCAUGGAGAUGAUCAUGGCCUCCCUUCCUGAUGUCAGCCAGUCUUGUGUGCAGAUGGCUAUAACAUGGCAUCUGGGAAGAGCACAACCAGAUGCAAUUCCUUUGGGCCAAUACACAGAGGAGCACUUCACUGAGGUCCGUGCCCUGGAGAUGAUUGACCAGUUCAGAGGGAAGUUAAAGGAGAUUGAGGAGCACAUCCUGAAUCAGAAUGCAGGACUGGACCUGCAGUACCUUUUCCUCCUGCCAAGUCGCAUAGAAAAUAGUAUCACUAUAUAG